AUGGGUUCAUUGAGGACUUUCAUUAAGGAAGUCAGGGCCGCGAAAACGUUGGCUGAAGAAAGGUCAAUCGUUACCAAGGAAUCAGCAAGGAUCAGGACCAAGUUGAAGGAUGAUCAUAUUUCACUGGAAAGGAGAAGGAAGUACAUUAACAAGCUGUUAUAUUUGUAUAUCUUGGGAGAAAAGACACAUUUUGCCCAGGUAGAGUGUAUAAACUUAAUUGCUUCUGAAGACUUCGCCGAUAAGAGAGUUGGAUAUCUUGCUGCAGUUUUGUUAUUGGAUGAGAAUCAGGAAUUGUUGACUCUUUUGACCAAUCUUUUGAAUAACGAUUUGAAUCAUCCAUCGAGAUAUGUGGUUUCGUUAGCAAUCAACGCAUUGGGCGCUUUGACUUCUCCAGAGUUGGCUCGUGAUUUGUAUACCGAUAUCAAAAAUAUUCUAGAGCAUUCCAGGGACAGUUUUCUGAUCAAAAAGGCGUUGGCAUGCUCUGGAAAACUUAUUGCGAGGGAUCCAUCCCUUUUGGAAAUUUUCGCUCCUUACGCUAACAAGAUGCUUUCGAGUAAAGAAUCUACUAGCCAUGGUGUUCUAAUUGGUACCAACAAAUUGAUCCAGGCAAUCAUCAUCAAUACCAAAUCGUACGAAUUUGAUAAUCUACCAGAGAUCAUUGAUAAACUAUCCUCCUUGAUACCUGAUCUCUUAGGAAAACUACACCAUUUGAAUUUAGGAUCGUCCAACCCAGAAUAUAACGUUGGCGGUUGUCUCGAUCCAUUUUUACAAGUCGAACUCAUGACUACAUUACGUUUGUUCUUGCAGUACUUCCCUGAGCAAACUAAGCCUUACAAGAAUAACUACUUGGAUACAUUGACCCGAGUUGCAACUUACACUCCAACUACUUCGAAUAGUUGUACUUCAGUCUUAUACGAGGCAGUGCGCACUAUUUUUUCAUUCCAAGCAGAGCGCUCCUUGAGAGUACUAGGUGUCAACGUGUUGGGUAAUCUAGUUGCAGACAAGGAUUACAACACAAAAUAUGUUUCAUUAAACGCAUUGUUAGAUGUUGUUUCGGUAGAGCCACAGGCGGUCCAAAGGCAUAGAAAGUUUAUCUCACGUUGUAUCUUUGAUUCUGAUAUUUCAAUCAAAAAGAGGGCUCUUGAGAUGACGUUCGCAAUUUUAAACCAAACAAAUAUGAGGGAAUUGAUCGCAGAGAUUCUUACGUUCUUAGAAAAAGCAGGAGAAAACGAUAAAGGACUAAUAUUGUACUGUGUAGAUCAACUUAUAAUGGUUUUCGAUCUUCAAGAUGAAAUAGAUGAUUCCUGGAAACUGGAUGUCAUAGUUAAAAUAUUGAAAUUUGUUGGCCAAUAUAUUUCAGUUGAGAAGACUACUGAUGCAUUAAUUAUGAUUAACAAUAAUUCGAACCUGGAACAUAAGAAGCAAGUGGUUUCUAACAUUAUCAACGUAGCAUUGGAUAAUGACUCUAGCCAAGUCUCAGACGAAAAUUUAGCAUGGAGAGUUGUCUCGAUUUGGUGCAUCGGUGAAUACGCUGAUCUGAUUUUAGGUAAUGGCAGAUGCACAGAAACAAAUUUAACAGGUUACUUAUAUGAAUCCGAUAGCUUGUACUGUGAUAACCCUAUGGUAACAAGCUAUGUUUUGCUGGCUGCUUUGAAGCUAUCUGUAAAGAUUGAUACAAAAGUGCUAUCCAAUAGAUUGAGGCAGUUAAUUAAAGGCCACACGGAAAACACCAACGUCAUGAUUCAAACAAAGGCUGUCCAGUAUGGAAUAUUAUUCAAUGAGUCUACAAGUGUUAAAGCUGCGUUACUUGAACCAAUGCCCAUUUUCCAUAAAAAGGUCUCAGAGACUGCUGCAUUAAGAACCUUCUCUCAGAAAGUACCUGCACCAGCUAUUAAGAAAGUGAAAAAGAAGGAAAAUGAUCUUCUUCUAGAUUUACUAGGAGAUCUCUCUACUCCAGAAACUACUGCGCCUACAAAACCUUCUAAUGAUCUAUUAUCUAACUUGAGCAAUACUCCAGCACCCCAAUCAUCAAAUCAAAAUGGGUCAACUUUAUCAUCAUCCUUCCAACAACGCAUAGAAAUACCACCAAACUCUAUCAAUAUCCACUCAUCUGAUAUUGUUGAAGUUUAUGGUAAAGUAGAAUCGUCAAUCCCCGGUUGUACUGAAAUAGACCUAUUCUUGAAAGCUAAAACGAAUAUUAAUACCUUACAGAUCCUAAUCGCUGUUCCUAAAUCACAGAAGGCAGAAUUCGGAUCUCUGUCAAGCCACAAGGUAGCUACAGGUGAAGUAGCUAAGCAGGGUCUUAAAAUUCUAGGAUCUGGGAAAAUCAAGCUAAGGGUCAAAUUGAAUAUCAACUCCACCGAGGAUCAAUUCGAUUAUAAAUUUGAAAACAUCCCCCAUUAA